AUGGAAGUUCUCUCAAACCAAACUAUUACUGAGUUUGUUCUGCUUGGCUUCUAUGACAUCCCCGAGCUGCACCCUCUUUUUUUCACUGUAUUCACUGCCGUCUAUGCCUCUAUCCUCAUGGGGAACAUGCUGAUUGUUGUGGCCGUUGUGUGCUCACACAGGCUCCACACACCCAUGUAUUUCUUUCUGGCUAAUUUGUCCUUCUUGGAAAUCCUCUACACCUCCACAGUGGUGCCAAAAAUGCUGCAGGGGUUCCUGCAGGAGGCAGCCAUCUCUGUGACUGGUUGUUUGCUUCAGUUCUUCACCUUCGGCUCGCUGGCCACAGUCGAAUGCUUCUUGCUGGCUGUCAUGGCGUAUGAUCGCUAUCUGGCAAUCUGCUACCCACUCCGCUACCCACUCCUGAUGGGACCCAGGUGGUGUUUGGGGCUGGUGCUCACAGCCUGGCUGUCUGGCUUCAUGGUGGAUGGGUUGGUUGUAGCUCUGAUGGCCCAGCUGAGAUUCUGUGGCUCCAAGUACAUUGACCACUUCUACUGUGACUUCACGCCUCUGGUGGGCCUAGCUUGCUCAGAUCCCAUGGUGGCCCAGAUGACAACAUUUGUUCUCUCCAUGGUCUGCCUCACUGUGCCCUUUGGACUGAUUCUGACAUCAUAUGCUCAGAUCGUGGUGGCUGUUCUGAGGGUUCCUACUGGGACUGGCAGGAGAAAGGCUUUUUCCACCUGCUCCUCCCACCUCGCUGUAGUGUCCACAUUUUACGGAACCUUGAUGGUCUUGUACGCUGCACCCUCUGCCAUCCACUCCCAGCUCCUUGCCAAGGUCUUUGCCCUGCUCUACACUAUUGUCACUCCAAUCUUCAAUCCUGUGGUCUACACCCUGAGGAACAAAGAGGUCCAUCAGGUGCUAUGGAGGCUUCUCCACGCCAAGCAAACUGCAACUCUAGAUUCCAGAAGGAGGGGAAUGAAGAUUUUAUUUGGAUUUUCUCUGCCUCCAUUGGGAAGUCUUCCAGAAUUAACUGAAGACUAA